AUGGUCAUCACCAGGAGCCAAGGAGACGCUGCCGAGAUGGACGCCCAGCGCCGCCCAGAGGAGCCGCACCGCUCAGAGGAGCCGCGCCGCCCUGGCACCCCCCGCCGCCUAGAUCAGCGUCGUCCAGACCUGCGCCGCCCAGAGGACCUGCGCCGCCCAGAGGACCUGCGCCGCCCAGAGGAUCUACGUCGCCCAGAGGAUCUGCGCCGCCCAGGGGAACAGCAACGCUUGGAAGAUCAGCAGCACAUGGAAGAACAGCAACACCAGGAAGGUCAACCCCGUGUGGAAGAUUGGAGCCAGGGAGCUGAACAAAUUGAACUGGAGCGAAGACGAAGACUGUCUCUGAAUCCACCAGCAUCACCAACCACGCCCUUGGAUACGGAGGUUGGGCUAGGGGCUACGAACGACGCCUCUGCCCCCACAACCUCUGCUGCCUACAGACCCUUGAAGACUGGAGACCGACCCCGAACCAGGUCACCAGGGCAUUCAGUGCGAUCGACGGCAAGCGUGGCUGCUAGAGUACGGCUGGCAGAACUUGAAGCUGCAGAGAAGCUUGCAGCCCUGAGGAAGAAGGAAUUGGAGAUCGAAGCUGAACUCGUCAGAAAGCGACUGGCUGCAGACAUCACCAAUAUCCAAGAGGAGCAGGAGAGCCUGCAUGAAGAGAACCUCGACCACCAACAGAAGGUGGACACAUGGCUCCGCACCAACCCCGUCAGUGCACGGGGGGAGGAGGAGGAGCAGGGAAGGAGGGGAGGGGAACAACACCUCCGGUUCAACGUUAGAGGAAGAUCACCCACUCCAACCAGAAGGAAACCAGGGAUUGAGCAUUUGGCUGAAGCUCUGGAGAAGAUGGCUAGACCCAGGAUAAGAUGCGCUGACCUACCGAUCUUUUCUGGAAUAGCCAACGAGUGGCUGUCGUUCAGAGCAGCCUAUCAAGACUCUACGAGGAUAUACCAGAUAUCAGCGAACGAGAACCUGCAGAGACUGAGGAGCUGCCUGCGGGGAGAAGCAAGAAACGUCGUAGCCGGCCUGUUACAUGCCGCUACAGAUCCUGACGUCGUGAUGAAGACCCUCGAACAGUGCUUCGGAAGGCCUGAGGUCAUCAUAGAUCAAGCCUUCCUGGAAUUAAAGAAGCUUCCGAGACCCGGAUCAUCAGCAGUAGACCUGAACAGUUUUGCAGUGAAGGUUCAAAGCGUAGUCAGCAUCCUGAACAGCAUCGGACGCCAGGGCUACCUCUACAACCCAAUGCUUGCGAGAGAGGUCUUGGACAAACUUGAGUCCACACAUCAGAGCACGCUGGUG